AUGCCCAGGAAAAGAAAGCUGUUGGCUCAGUUAAGUGCUCUCCAAAGUAACACCAGCUUCCCUCCUUUUGAUGCCUUGGAAAACCUGAAUGCUACACCUGAUGGGGAUUCUCCAAAAAACAGCAAAUACUUUGUGGCAGAGAAAAGAAAUUCUUCCCAGCUAGAAGCAGAUUUUUUCAACCAGCCAUGUAUUAGUCUGGCCAAGUCCUUUCUGGGACAGAUUUUAGUGCGCAAACUUCCUGAUGGCAGAGAGCUCUGGGGGAGGAUUGUUGAAACAGAAGCUUAUCUGGGUGGGGAAGAUGAAGCUUCCCACUCAAAAGGUGGGAAGCAAACUCUGCGAAAUGCAGCAAUGUUCAUGAAACCAGGAACCCUCUACGUGUACCAGAUCUAUGGGAUUUAUUUCUGCAUCAAUGUUUCCAGCCAAGGGGAAGGGGCUGCAGUGUUACUUCGGUCUUUGGAACCUCUUCAGGGCUUGGAAGCCAUGAGGGAGCUGCGCAGCACAGCAAGGAAGGCAGCCCUGAAGCCCCUGAAGGACUGGCAGCUCUGCAACGGGCCCUCCAAGCUCUGCCAAGCCUUUGGGAUUGACAAGGCUUUCGACCAGAGGGACCUGACUCAAGAUGCAGCCAUCUGGAUGAUGCCUGGAAAAGACCUACCGGGGGAGCACGAGGUGGUGGCCACAACAAGGAUCGGUAUCGGCAACAGGGGAGAGUGGGCACAGAAACCUCUCAGGUUUUAUUUACGAGGAAACAGAUUUGUCAGCGUUGUCGACAAGAAAACUGAGAGAGAGAUGGCAGCAAUGGGACACUCACCUUGCAGCUGA